GCAUGAGAUAAACCGUGGUUGAUUCAGAGGCAGUCGUUGGAUUGGCAUGGCUGUGUGCAGCUCAGCACUGCGAUCUACAUCCACGAGGCUCCUGCCUGGACAUUUGGAUUCUCUCCGCACAGCAGCACAGCCUUGAUACGGUGCUGGACAGCGUAACAUUGAGCUGUGCUGUGUUUUAACAGCAGGGCUUUGGGAGAUAAAGAGGGAAUAAUAAAGGGAGGGGGGCAACCUUACCACACACUUGAGCGAUGUGCCGUGAGCUUCUCUCUCUCUCGUUUCAGAGCGUCAGGCUUUUCUACACAGAGACCUGGGACUAAUGGAGGGAUGCACUGAUGUUACUCUUUGCUUGUCAUGCUUGAAUCACAGCUUCAUAUAUCCUUUUGUGUCAGAGACCUUAUUGUCUUCGUCUGCCACUGCCGCCAGCUCUACUGUGGGGUAGCGUGGCGGACAGAGCCCCCUCCUCAACCCCCCUCUCCCUUGUCUGUGCCCCCGGCUUCUCAUCACUCCCAGCUCGCUCGUGUCUAUUUACCUCUCUUAAGCUACCCUCCCCUCUCUGUUAAGCUCCGUCUUUUUUGCUCUCCCGCUCCCUGCUGCUUACUAUCUCCCUCUCUUUGCUCCUUCAAAGCAGGCAGUCUGCUAUUCUAUCUAGGCGGCUUGCUACAUGAUCUCCUGGAAAACAGUUUUCGCCACCGCUCUGCCUCCUCACAAUUCCCGAGCCCUUCCAGAUUUCCAUCUCUACAACGGCAGGAUGUUCCUUCGCGAGGAUUGAUCCCCAUCCGCCCCCCUUCACUUUCCCCUUCCCCUCCCUUGUCCUGAUCUCCUGCCCUCUGACCCCUACCCUCUUGUUCUCUACCCCCACCCUCCCUCUCCCAUUCGCCCUUACCCCAAGCCUCUUUCCCCCAUAAUUCAUUUCACCCACUUGACCAUGUUGCCAUGUGUCUGCUGGCUCCAGCUUAUCCUCAUCUUGCUGUCCUCUGUCUUAUGGACCCUGGGGGAAAACUGCCCAGCAACCUGCCUGUGCCCAGAUCCUCACACUGUGGACUGCAGUGGCCGUGGGCUGACCCGUCUACCCAGUGAGAUCCCCUUGGAUGUGCGCAGGCUGUUGCUGGCCGACAACUGGAUACCCAGCAUCCCCUCAGACUUCCUGGUUCUAUACAGUGACUUGGUCUACCUGGACCUCCGGAACAACUCCCUCUCCCACAUAGAGCCGGGGACCCUCAGCACCUCUUCCAGGCUGGUCUUCCUGGACUUGGGCAGCAACAAUCUGACUGAAAUCCCCAAGGGGACUUUUGGGGAGUCUCGGAGCCUGAUCAAGCUACGGCUGGGCAACAACCCAUACCUGAGCAUGGUGAACGAGGAUGCUUUCCUUGGCCUCACCUCUCUAAGAGAACUGGAACUGGAGCGCAAUGCACUGUCAACGCUACAGGUGGGGGCACUAAGUCAGUUGCCCUCCCUGCGGGCGGUGAGGCUAGAGGGCAACCCCUGGGUGUGCAACUGCAACUUUGCCAACCUGUUCACAUGGCUGAUGGAGAACAGUCACAAGCUUCCAAACGGGGUGGAAAGUAUGGAGUGCUCCCUCCCCAUGGACGGCAGACGUGUAUCCCUGUCGCAGCUCUCCAAGGACAGCUUCCGUGAGUGCCAGGCCACCCUGACUCUAACAGACCUGCUCAUCAUCAUUUUCUCUGGCAUCUCAGUGUCUGUGGUGGCCAUCAUGACAAGCUUCUUCCUGGCGUCAACUGUUCAUUGCUUCCAGCGCUGGAGUAAAGGCACCAAGGGGGAUGAAGAGGAGAGUGAGGAGUGAGACGGGGGUUGGGGGUUUGUUUUAAGGGCCUGCGUGGCCCUGGUACUGCAAACAAUGAGAGGAUACCACAGACAGUGUGUGCUACAUGUGACAAGUUUCAUGCUGCCUCCUCCCUGGUGAAUAUCCAGGACUGUUUAACGGUAGGAUCUUGCCCUGGUAUGGUUGCAGUUGUUUUCUUUGCACGUGAAAAAUGGUAACAAAGGACAUUCCCGAGGAAUGAGCCAAAGUCCCAGUUAAAAAUAGUGAGUGCCCUCCACUAGCAAAAUGAUAUUGUAGAGAUCGUAUUUUUGGCUGCGUGAGCCUGUGGUCAUCUUUUAUGGCUACUGGCUCUUGGCUCAGUGUUGUAGGCCUGCACAAUUAUAGCGAGGCUAAUACUCUUAUAAUGAGAGAGUAAACAAUUAACAAAGAAGUGUUGCUGCUGUGCUGUCACAUUAGUAUUAGACGAGGUGAUAACUUCUCUCAACGUGUAAUCACAUUGGACAUGUACCCUAAAAUCCUGUAAAGUGACAUCAAAGUUAGGGCAAACUUUUAGACGAUUUUCGUGGGGCUUCAUCUGUCUAGGGAAGAAUCCACGAUCCCAUUGGGAAAAAAAAAAAAAGGAUGUCAUACUGACCAAUGACCUCAGUAAUUAACUGCCUAUAUACCAUGAUAUGCUGGCAUAUCCUGCCAUUUACAACGUCUUUUUUGGACAGCCUCACUCACAUUCAAACGUGGUUCACAAGCCACUACUGUUGGCGAAUACUGUUGUUCCUUGCGUGUAAAAUUAGACAGUGGCAGAGGUGUCAGUAGGAGCUGGAGGGAUUUGGAUAAUGGCGAGAUGUUGCUGUAGGAAGCUGACAUGCUGUAGGCAGGAAGAGUUUCCAGUGGGUCUACACAUUCUUUCAGCAGUAUACUCAUUAUAUAAUCACAAAUUUAUGUACAAAAAGAGAUCAAUGUACAGUCAAAGAAACGUAUAAAUCACAAGGAUGUACUGUCUGUUCCUUAGAUUGAUAACUGUGACCUGUGUAGAAAGAUACAAUAACAGUAUAAUCUUGAAAAUUAUGGCAAAUACGGUAUUGAAAUAGAAUCUACGUAGAACUACUGUGUCAAAUAACGCACUUUAUAUGGUGAACCUAAUUUUGGCAAGCCCCUAAUUACACUAUGUAGACUGGUUUUGUCUUCAUCUGCCAAAGAUUAGGUGACGGAGAGGUUGCAUAUAAGGACUUUGUUGUGGAUGUGAUUUAGCAAGGUAGGGAUAGCUUCUGAGCAGAAGGCAGCACUAUAGCCAAAUCACGCUUUGUAUACACAUAUUAUACUCAAACAGUUAUGGUCUCCAAAGAUUAGCAAUUUCUCCUAGAACCAGCUGUCUUACUUUGCUUGGCAGUCUCUAACCUCUACUUUAACAGACACUUCAGAGCAAAUAGUUAUUUAGUCCGAGGGCAGCGGGCAAGACGUUUGUCUCUUUAAGAGUAAAUAGAUGAUUUUUAUUUUGUUAAAGAUAACCAGAACUGACACAUCGUGGACUCUCAGUCAGCUUAUUCUCAUUUCACUGAAGAUCUUCCAAAUAUCUGAUGAAGCUGCUGAUUUGAUAUCCUGGAAAGUCUCAUGUCCAAACUCUCAGUGUACCGACAGCAUCUGCUUCCACACGAGCGACAGAACAGUGCAGUCUAAAUGAUGUAAAGCAGCGCCCUGAGUAUUUUGGGUUUCUGUUUGUUAUUUGCAUCCUGUAUGUUUAAAUCCUCCUUCAUUAGGCUUUGGAAUACUCAAAGCUGGAAUAUUUUUUUUUCUUCCCAAAGCUAAGGUAUGUUGCAUCGCUUCUCACAUUCUUGUAAGGCAUGAAUAAUUAAGUGAAAUUGAAGUAUGAAGCAGAAAGAAUGUCAAGCCUCUAAAUGCAAACAAGCAGAGGGUAGAAGACGAGUCAUGAGCAAAUACUUCAAUCAUUUCUGUGUGAUUAACAACAAGGAAUUCCAGCUGCCUGUGUCCCGUAAGAUCAAGUCACAUCCCCGAAUGUGCGGCAUCGUAAAGCACAUUUUGCAGAAAUAGAUAUGGCCUUGUUUGUUUUUAUUUUCCAUUUGUAUCAGCAUCAAUUAAAAGCACAAAGAGUUCACAGCAAACCAAUGUGAUUCUACUACACUCUUUAAAGAGAAGUGUCACAUCACAUGUCGGUACCAUCGUGUUUUGUGGCAGUAUGUUUCCAUUAAUGUGUAUUGUUGCAUGUCGUGCUGAAAAUGCUACAUCCUUAUUAACAGUGUAAGAUUUGUACUGUAUGGAUGUUGUGUUUUUGCCAGAAUUCAAAUGGCUGAUGAUUUGAAGACAAAUUUAAGGCACAUGCCCAUCGGAAACUAAUAUACAUGUAUGACAGCCAUUUGACCGUUUGCUAAACCCCUCCCCAGAACAGCAGUUGUCCAGUCAUAGCUUAGUAACUGUACAUCAGCAGGCCUGACCAGCUUUGGGUUUCACCAUCUGCAUCGGAUGCUGUGUUCACACUAUGAGAGACAACACAACAGUGUGCCUAGCUACACUGACGUUGAUGUAGGUGCGCUGUCACAGGCUUGUGUCUGCGACUUUCCAUAAAACACCUCGACUGAACGGGAUACAAAUAUGUAGUUGGUCAUAAAAAUAUCUCUGCUUUUUGACCGGUGUCUAGUAGGGGUGGGAAUCACUGGAGGACCCACGAUACAAUAUUAUCACAAUACUUAAGUCAUGAUACAACAUUGCGAUUUUAAAUAUGUCGUAAUAUGUAUCGCAAUUUAUUACCUUUUUCAACUGUAAAUUAUUUUUUCAAAGCUCAAACUUUGACGUCUGUUUUAUCUAAGUUUUUAUAUUAUUCUAGUAGGCUACCUUAAGUUUAAUUUGUAUUUGUAAUAUUAGUAAUUUAUAUUUUAAAAAAUUUGAUCCUUGGCACUGUGUGAAGAUACGAUAUGGCCACACAAUCGUGAUACUAUGCUGUAUCUAUUUUUUCCCCACCCCUAGUGUCUUAGCCCCAUUUUAACAUCACAUUUUACGGCAUCACUGCAUCCCAGUGUGCACUGCAGUGCACUUAAAGCUAGCAUAGCCUCAGCUGACUAAGCUAAAUAACACAGCACCGAAGCUACAAAUAAAAACACAUGAUUGGUUGAUGCUUCACCACAUCAUUGGAGCACUGAAAAAAGUUGAGGUCCGCUCAGCUAUCGUUUGUAGUGCAUCAUGCCAGUCGACAGAGACAAGUGCAAGGUGUUAGUUUGUAGCGUCAUGUCACCGUCUUCCAUUGAAAAUGACUUGUAGCCUGUUGCUGUGACGCUUGUAGUGUGAACGCAGCUUAAGAAGAGCAUUACUUUGAGUUUGGAGGGUCAGUGUCUUUUUGUAGUCUUUCAAAAAAGUUAGACACAAGAGCAAAUGUGAGGAAUGUGUUAAACUUUGUCUUUAGCCACUCUAACAUGAGCUGCAAACAGUAGCAUAUCUGGCUAACUAGCUUAGUAGGCCCACCUACAUUAGUAAUCAAGGGUAGCAUUACUUUCACAGACAGUGGGCAUGUUGGUAGGUUACUACAUUUUUUUGUUAGAGAAAUACUGUUCGGGACUGAGGCAUCCACUGUUUGGGAUUCAAGAUGCUACUGUAUCAGUAUUUAGAGUAGGGAUAGCAGCUCAGUCCUGCUCUUUCUUUAUUUUGGGGACAUUUACACUUCAGCAACUCCAACCAGACUUGUGUUAGAUACGGUUACAUUUGCCAAACUCUUCACUGAAGCCUCAAACUGAAAUCCUUUUCUCCUGUAGAAGUGAAGCCUACUUCUUGAUCAUACAAACAAUAAAGGAAAUCCUAAAUCUAAUCACUGUUUGUCUGCAAACAAGCAAUUCAGGGUUUCCUUUAGAACAAACAGCAUUUUAAUUACAUUUUAAUUUUUGAAACAGAACUACGUAGUUAAGUAGCUGAAAUACACAAAAUACACGUUUACAUGUUUUGUACAGGGAUUGACAGAUAGCAUGCUGACGAUGGCCUGCAUGUAGCAUCAGCCUCCAUCUUUUAGCAUGAUAGCAUGCAUGCAGCCAUCAACUACGUAUUUAAGAGCUUUUUACUGCGUUCUCGUUUUAAACAUGUCAGAUGGAGAUAUUAAAAAGUCAAUUGGAGACGGACGUCUCAGCUGACUCGAGGAGUUUUAGCGUUAGCUAGCUACAUUUUAUCAUUAGUUUAUCCAACAAAACUCAAGGUUGUCAGCUAGAAAUGCAAAGCCUGCUUCUGUGUACUUUUAGUUUGAAUUGAAAACGUAGUGUUUAAAAAAAUAACCACAGAUUGGAUGGUAAAUAUGUCCCUGUUAUCCCUGUAAACUGCACAUGUGCAGUGCGAGAAUGGGAAGCUUGACAGACAUAACAAUAGUAACUAAGGAGGGCGGGGCUUAGCGAACGGUCAAUUUUAAGAUGGGAUAAAGUACAGUCCUAAAGGGUAAUGCCAAUGAAUUUCAUAUUUGAAGUCUGCCAUUCUAAUGCCUGGAACACACUGCCAGUGCGAGCAGCCUGUGAACUGCUGCGGCUUGCAUGCAUGCAGUGUUCACACUGACAGCGUUGCUGCUGCAGAGCUGCUUGCUGCUGUUACUAUCGUAUUCCCACAAUUAAAAGCCGAUACUCCUCUCAUUUAAGGAGCCAUGCAAGCCACAACAUUGUCAACAACACGGCCCUGCACAUAUUUCACAAUAAACAGCCUCAUGGUAACAGAUGAAGGGAUUCUGUCCACAGAGACACUGUCAGAGGGUGUUACUUCAAAUUGGAAACAGGAAGUGAUGAGCUAAAAAGAAAUAUGUUUAUUUUUUCAUGUCUGUGAGGGAUGUAGACAUUGAGAGUGAAGUGAAGGUGGUGUAUCGUCAAUAUCACCACUACAAGACCACUUUCACAGUCUGUUUUUAGCCGACGUGCAUGCACUGCUCACGCAGGCAGUGUGUUCCGGGCAUUACUUCUUAUGACAGUUUUCGUCUAUGUCAGUGAACGACACCUAAUAUUGCUCUUAGCCAGCGUGGUGAUGCCCACAGUUCACAUGGAGGGAAUGAGGGUGUGGAGGGGACAUGUAGGAACUCAACUCCCAACUAAAAGUAUUGAACCAUUUUGAUUUUGUUUGCAUGAGAGGAAGCAGCUUCUCAUGAUCAGAAAACAAAAACAUUUCAAUGCUUAACACCACAAGAAUAGCUACAACGGGUUCAUUAGGUUGAGCGGUUUUCACCUCCCCAGGUGAGAAACCACUUCAAUCUUAAGGUGCAGACCUUAGUCAAGUAUUCAGAGGGAGAGUUUUUAUACAUAUCAUUAUCAUUUCCAACUACUGUGUAGUUACUGUAUAUUAACAAAUUAUUAUGUUAGCUUAGCUGUUAGCUUGAAGCAUAUGUUAGCAUGACAGUUUUCCUUUUCUCUUUCUCAUUUGAUUAAGUAACAGAUAUCAGCACAUUAGAGCAUGCACUGUUGAGUUACCUACAGUAUAAAGUUCAGAUUCAUGUCUAUUUUUCUAUUAAACCUUUCAGAAUGAAGCAUUUAUUUACUCUGUCAGUCCCCAAAGUAAUUUACUGGCAUUGCGCACCCUGGAAAGCAGAGACACCGAUGGCUGCUUUCGUACAGUUUGUCUUGACAUUGCUUAAAAUACCAAAAUCCAUGUUCUGUUUUGUCAGAUAAAUGUCAGAAUGGCUCAAUUCAAAACGAAGUGACAGAGAAGAGUGUGACGUUGUGGCUGCAGCUGAAUGCAUUUCCAAAUGUCAA